CCGCGGCGCGUUCUCGCGACACUUCCCUUCUAGCUAGCGGUUCAGUCGAGCAGCGGCGAAGGUACCAGCCCGCUAACCGAAGCAAGCCUAUUUUUCAGUAGCGCCUGCCCCCGCCGCCAGCUUGGUGGUGUAAAUAGGAUCCCGAGAAGAGGCGACACUACCACCACCACCCGCCUGCCCAUUCCCUUACAGAGAACGGCUACCGCCGCCCCUUUGCUUUCGUUCCCGCCCUAACGCGCGCGCGCAAUCACAUACACAUUCUUUCUCUUCCCCUUUCAGCCCCAGGUAGAAUCCGCUUUCUUUUCCCAUUACUCUUUUUCCAUCCCUCAGAUUUGCUGGUGGUGUGUCAGGUGCUUGUUUCAUGGUUUCUCUCCCCCUUCCCCCUUUCGUUUUUAUGUCAAGAAAAGCCUUUUAAUUCGUUGCUUGCUUGUACGGGAAGCUUUCAGAGCAGAAAAUAAAAUACAGCCUUUCUGCUCUUGCAAUGGGUACUGACUAGCCGAGAGGAAGCAACGAAGAAGCUACUACAGGCGGAGGAGGGAAGCUUCCUGUAAUCUGUACGACCCCGUCGUCUCGUUUUAUUUCCUCUCCCUUCCAAACCUGCAGCCACCUCAAAACUUUCAGCUUGUCUGGCGGAGCCCCAACUCGACAUAAAUGGUGGAGGCGAUAGUGGAGUUUGACUACAAGGCUCAGCAUGAUGAUGAGCUGACAAUCACUGUCGGUGACUUAAUCACCAAUAUUAGGAAAGAGGAUGGAGGCUGGUGGGAAGGACAGCUCAAAGGCAGAAGAGAACUGCAAUGUGCUCAAAGGAACAUAUCAUUUUCCUUCAACCAAGAGUUCAUGGAAAUAAAAAAAGAAGUGAAGAAGGAAGGUCUUGCUAACAAAGCACCAGAAAAGUCUAUACAUGAUGUUUCUAAUGGAAGUCCUUUACUGCUGUCUGAGACAAUUAUCAGAACCUCCAAAAAAGGUGAGCGAAAUAGGCGGAGAAGAUGCCAGGUGGCUUUCAGUUACAUGCCUCAGAAUGAAGAUGAACUGGAGUUAAAAGUUGGAGACAUUAUAGAGGUGAUGGGAGAGGUGGAAGAGGGUUGGUGGGAAGGAGUUCUGAAUGGGAAGACUGGCAUGUUUCCUUCCAACUUCAUAAAGGAACUCUCUGAUUCUGAUGAUGCUGGAACUAUCCAAGAGGAGCAGCUAAUAAAACCAAGUUUAAGAGAUGCUACAGGCUCUGAAAGUGAUGGUGGUGAUUCAAGCAGCACAAAAUCGGAAGGAGCUAAUGGAGCAGCAACAAUCCAACCCAAAAAGGUCAAGGGGAUUGGCUUUGGAGACAUUUUUAAGGACAAACCUAUAAAGCUACGUCCAAGGUCAAUAGAAGUAGAUAAUGACUUUCUACCAGUUGAAAAGACUGUUGGAAAAAGAAUACCCACAGCUACAGCAGUUCAGGAGCCGACAAAAAUAGAAUUGGACAACAAAUCAAAGACAAAGGAAUAUUGCAAAGUUAUAUUUUCAUAUGAAGCACAGAAUGAAGAUGAACUGACAAUCAAAGAAGGUGAUAUUGUCACUCUUGUCAACAAGGAUUGUGUUGAUACUGGCUGGUGGGAAGGAGAGCUCAAUGAUAGAAGAGGAGUAUUUCCUGAUAACUUCGUUAAACUACUCGUUUCUGACUUUGAAAAGGAGAGACCUAAGAAACCACCACCUCCAUCAGCUCCUGCCUUCAAACAAGGAUCAGCUACAACAGAUAGAAAGCAUGAAAUCAAAAAAGUACCUCCUGAAAGACCAGAAUGUCUUCCUCACAGAACAGAAGAGAAAGAAAGACCAGAGAGAGAGCAAAAGCUGUUAGAUUUACAGAAGCCUUCUGUUCCUGCUAUACCACCGAAGAAACCUCGACCACCCAAAACAAACUCUUUGAACAGACCUGGUACAUUGCCUCCAAGAAGACCAGAAAGACCAGUUGUGCCUAUGACCCAUACAAGGAAUGAUAUCCCCAAAGUAGAUCCAGUGACCUGUACAUUGUCAAGCACCUUAGAAAAGGACUCCACAGAAAGAAGCAAUGACAUUGAUCUGGAAGGUUUUGAUUCCGUAGUACCAGUUGCUGAGAAGCUCAGUCAUCCAACAACUACCAGACCAAAAGCUACAGGCAGGAGACCUCCUUCACAAUCAUUCACAUCUUCUUCACUUUCAAGUCCUGACUUUUUUGAUUCGCCAAGUCCUGAAGAUGAGAAGGAGGAACACAUUUCCCUUCCACACAAAGUAGCUGAACCAUUAAAGAAAGCAAAGACUGUUACAAUAUCACUAGUAUCUGACAACAAAACUUCAUUGCCUGCCAAGCCAGGAGGCUUAACUAGUGGAAGUAAUCUUCCAUCUUCAUUGUCAUCCUCAUCUGCUCUUCAUCCAGUUUCAGCAGGAACAACAGGUCAUAGGUCCAAUUCCCCAUCUUUGUUCAGUAGUGAAGGAAAGCCAAAGACUGAUCACUCCAGCCAAGGGGAAGCAGGUUUGGAAGAGCUAAGAACACAAGUUAAGGAGCUGCGAACUAUCAUUGAAACAAUGAAAGACCAGCAGAAAAAAGAGAUUAAACAAUUGCUGUCUGAAUUAGAUGAAGAAAAGAAGAUCCGGCUACGAUUACAGAUGGAGGUUAAUGAUAUAAAGAAAGUUCUUCAAUCAAAGUGAAUUCUGGAUAGAUGGAAUGUCGUAUUAUUCAUUGUGACAGAGACAUUAUGCCCCAGACAAAAUAACUUUGUGCCAAAUGAUUAAAGAUCUGCCUACAUCCCUUGUUUGAACAACUAGCACAAGAGUUUGAAUAGCACAACACAAAUUCCAGCGAAGAGGGGAAAUUUCCAUGAGAUACAGAUGCUUAGUUAUUGCACUGGUUGUGACUGAAAUUCUUCUUACUGUGCUAAAGUCUUCACUACUUCAAGUUCACAGGCAAUUGAAAACUCAGGCAGUUUAGUUCAUAGUGGUACUAUUUUAAUGGUAUUUUCCAUAAGUAAAAUGUACUUCAGGUUUAUCAGUUUACAGGUUUUAUGAUUUUGACUUUUUAAAUUGUCUUUUGUCACACAGAUUCUUAAAAUGUUUGUAUUGCAUAUAGCCAGAAAUGAAUGUUGAUAUCUGGGUGAGGAGUUGUUUGUUUGUUUCUCUCUCCCCCUCUCUCUUUUGCUUCACAUAGAACAGCUUUUUGUGUUUAUUUUAAAUACAAUUACAUAUGCAAUUUUAGGUCCAAAAAUUAUCUACAAGAUGAAUUUUGUGUACAAAUUGUGUAUUUAAAAAAGAAAAAAUGAAGAAAAAUCUGGUCUUUGUAAUGAUUUGUGCCUUCUUUUGCCAAACUGAUUGGAGCUGGUUAUAGGCCAGAUCUUAGAAAUGUAGCUACCACAAUGAGGCCUGUCAGUCCACUAGAGGUCACUCUAUCAGUAUAUUAGCUGCUUGCUCAUAAGAAAACAUGUUUGUUUGUUUUUGCUAAGGCAGUAUAAUGGCCACAGCACAUUGAAGCAGGUUUAUUUGAAACAGGUUUAUUUCAACAGCUGUGGCUUUUAUUCAACUGAGAAUUCACCGCUGCUUGAUUUUAUUCAUACUUUUAAACACUUGCUUUCAUCUCCAGGUUUACACAUCUUGGGUGAACAGAAUAUGCAUAAUCUGAGCAAAAAUGAAUAAAAUAUAAAACAACAAGAGAGAGUUGUAUUAUUUCAUACAGAUAUGUUGUAUGUGCUUAAUAUCAAUUUUCACAUAUACUGUGAAUUUCCUAACAUGGGGAGAUGAGUGGUUUUUGUAUAACGGCAUCCUAGAAGCUGGGCUUUCUUUCCUAGGCUUACAGAAAAGCAUUAUUUACUUAUCUGUUUAUAGAUAGCGAGAAUCUCAGCUUUUGAAGAUAAUUGAAAAUAGCUCAUCACAAAAGUUGUAGUUGGGUUUCCUAUUUUCAUAACAAAAUUAAUGUUAUAUAUAUAUUAAUGGUACAGUCCUGUGCACAUCUACUCAGGUGUAAAUCAUAUUCAGUGAUAUUUACUCCCAGGUAAGUGUGUAUAGGAUUGCAGCCUGAGACUGUACUCCUAAAAUAAUUUACUAGGAAGGAAGCCCCAUUGAAUGCAGUGAGUCUUAUGUUUAAGUAAACAUCCAUAGGAUUGUAUUAUGCUUUUCCUUUAACAAUUUAGGUAUUUGUGCUGCUAAAACAUCAAUUUUUUGCUGUCCAAUGGUGUUUUGGCACUGCUGUGUGAUGAGAGGUAUAAAGUUUACAUUAAGUGACUCUGUCUAUCAUCUCAAGUCAUCAUUUAGCAUUCUUACCCCCACCCCCAAAAUUAGGAAUUCACUGUGGUUUGUUUUAACUUCUAGUUCUAUGAGUAAUUGGCUGGAGUGCUUACAACACAGUGGUCAUCUCUAUAGAGACUUCUGUAAAGUUGAAUUAUGUUAUAUACACAUGAAGAUGGAACAAGUUUCAGAUUAGUGAUAUCAGAAUCCUUAUGUUAAUGUGUAUUUCUCAUUUCUUAACAUUAACACAGUCACUAAUUAAACAUUUUUCACUGUGAUGCCUCUCAUUUUAAAGCUGCAUUAUGAUCUCUGUAUUCAGAAAACCAAACCCAUUUUGAUAAGUAUCUUUACAUAAUGCUUUAAGAAUGAGGAAAUGUGAAAUCAACUCCUUGAUCUUCACAUCCAUGUGUUGUAAUAGAAAGGUCAGUAUUAUUCUUAAUUAAUUUACAGAAGUAACUAUUCUCCAGUCCUAAGACAGUGCUUAGGAUAUUGCGCUGCAACAAAUACAUCAAUGUCAUGCUACAUAAUCUGCCACUGCAGUGAAAUUGCAAUAUACAAAACAGUUCAAAGUGCUUAGGAGUGUGCAAAAGGCAAAUAGAAGCCUGAGAUGUGCGCUCAGAAUGCCAAAGGUCUAUGGGUUUCACAACUCCUCUUCAGUGGUAUGCUAUUUUGAAUGUUUAACAGGAAAUCAGUGCUUUUCAGCAUGUGUAUGCAUGCUGAGGAUCCCCAUCUGUACCAAACUCUAGGAAUCAGUGUGGCAAGUAAGUGGAUAUGCAAAGUUGCCACGAGACAGAGCUUCUCAAAGCCACUUCCGGAAGACUGAUUCAUAUGUUAGCAUAGGAGCUGCUUCCAUAUGAUUGCAUUGCACGUUGUUCUGGUAACAACUGAAGAAAAACCCUAUGUCAGUUCAAAUAUUUGAUUCCUUUCUGUGCCAGCUUCACUUUUUCUGGGAGCUUAGGGUUGUACAGCUGUAUACAGCUGUUACCAAUGUGAAGUUGGACCUGUUCAUGUCCAUAUGUGGCUCCCAUACAACAAGAUUAACAUGCUGAUUGGGACUAUGAAUGCAAUAGGCUUUGCUUCCUACUGGGCCUUUGUAGUUCUCUUACUGUUUUCUAGCAAUAAACAUUUAUAACUUCAAAACUAAUUUGACAAGCAGAGAGGUAAUACUUCUAAAUUUAUAUAUAUUUGAAACUGUAGGAUAGCAUAGUGGAUUUCUGAUUUCACUCACUUGGAAAACUAAUUCAAUAAAUACAGUAUGGGUUCAAACAUGGCCCUGAAAUGUAAAACAUAGUUCUAAAAUGUUAUUUUGGGGGAAGGGGCUAUCUUAAUUCAGCCUUGUCUGACCUGAAAUCAGAGUCUCUAAUUUUUUUCUCUCCCUCCUGUUACAAUGGUAAAAUGUCAUUUUAUAAAACUGUAUUGAGGAGUCCAACGUAUUGUGAUUUGUAAAAUAAGAUUAAAUGAGAUUUUGUGGAAA